CCCCACCACACUUCCAUCCCAUCAUCGGUUUCUCCGUCUUUCUGGCCCUGUCCCACUACAUCCCGGAAAUCGGAAUACGCCCUAGUUCAAUAAUUCUGAUUUAAUCAAAAAACGCACCAUGAAUUCACGUCGUCGUGCUCCAGAUUAAGUUUAAAGUCGGAUUCCAGUUUUUCCCUCUCGGAAUUUUAAUUUGAAAUGGUCCCUCAAUAGAGAUUUGCACCUCACAAACGUCGGAGCAGCUUCACAAUCCCAGAGUUAACCAUUCAGAACACUGAUAGCUUUUCAGCAUGAACGCCCACACUAAACGAAGAGCAACGUUUAAGCUAACUUUCACUACAGAAUUUUAAAGGGUUACUGUUAUUUAAAAAAUAAUUGCUUCAGCCGCUAUAUAAGGCAGCAUGUUAGCCUGUGAUAUCAUGGUUUCUGUGUUCCUCGUAUUUGCAUGUCGCGCUGCCUCCGUGGUUUCUGCGGUGUCUUGUCACACAAAGGAGUAUGCAACAAGGGAUGGGCAGUGCUGUCCGAUGUGCCAAGAAGGUACAGUUGUUCAGAGAGACUGCACAGCAUAUUCAGGAACUCGGUGCCGUUCCUGUGACCUGGGGACUUUCAUGAACCAACUCAAUGGUCUAUCUAACUGUUUCCCCUGCACUACCUGUGAUACAGGUCAUGGUCUCUUUGUCAAGCGGAACUGUACAGCAAAAACUGACACAGUGUGUGACGUUUUAAAUGGAUAUUACUGCAAAGGUUUGAUCGACAGUAAUGGAUGUAGUUUGGCAGAGAAACAUUCACAGUGUGAAGCUGGUCAGAAGAUAAAAGAAUCUGGAACCAGCAGAAGUGACACAGUGUGUGAAGACUGUCAGCCAGGCUUCUUUUCCAAGGACGGUGUGAAGUGCACUGCUUGGAAAACUUGCUCAAACCAACAGAUAAAGGUCAAAGGAAGCUCGACCAGUGACGUUGUCUGUGGGAGAACAUCAAGUCAACAUUACUUUGUGUUUUUACCUUUUUUGCUUUGCUCAGUAGCAUUUACUAGCCUUGUGACAGGUUAGUGCAUCGUCUGCAUUGUGUUGAUUUUUCAGUUUAAAGCCUUAACAACACAGUGUUGCCUUUUUAUUAUUGCUUAGGGUUUUUUUUCCUGCUGUAACACUAAUUUUCUUUGUGUACCAAUAAAGCAAAGAAGAAGAAGGAAGGGAAAAAAAUGACUUUUUAAAAAGAAAAUUGAACUCACUAAACAUUAGCAGUUUAUUUAUAUCAUUAAUAGACUUUUAGCUGGGAAGGCCAGAAGACCCAGCAUUGACAACUGAACAGGUGCUUUUGGAUCACGGUGUUGUUCCAAAAGGUGAUUUCUGGUGUUUCUGUAUGUUUUUUGUUUUGUUUUUAAUGCGUAAUGUCUUUGCUUGUAUUGGUAAGUAGUUGCAAUUUCUGCCUCUUGGCCCAACAUCUCUUUAAAAAGACUUUUUUUAAUGUCUAUGAGGCUUUUUAACUGAAUCCAUGAAGCACAUAUAAAAGUCACUUUGUCAUAAACUGAUUGCAGCUUCUACCUUGUGGGAAAAAAUGUUGUUUGUAAUUCAGAAUAACUCGAUAUCAUUCAUAACAGAAACGUCUGACAUACUUUUUACACAUUUUAGGCCAACAGGUCAUUAAUGACGGUUUAAAUGGGGGCAAUCACUUUUUGGAAAAUACUGGAAAUCACUUUUCUGGCACCACAGCUAAUUAUAGAAAACAUGUGUCCAAAGUCAGAUAUUCACUAAAAGUGUAAUUUAGUCACAAAGGACUUAGAUGUAGAGUAUCACAUUAAACAUUGCAGAAAUGUAAUGUAUCCUCUGUACUGUGUGUGCUGAGGGGCUUUGGUCUGAAGGAGUUCAUGUACAGCAACAUCAGAUAAAGUCUGUGGAGGGACUUUACUGAAUCUGAAGGUGUCCACUGCAUGAAGACACAGAAACACAGGAGCUGUAAACCAGGACACAUGAGUCAGAGCGGUUGAUUUUCUUGCUACAAGACAAAGUACUAAAAUGAGCGUAAUAUGUAAUAUAAAUAUAAAUAAUAUACAAUUCUGUUCAGUCUUGUAUAAAGUUUUUAAAAUCAAACUAACAGAUUUGAUGGCUGUUAUGAUGUAUUUGGUUGAUGCUGAAACUGUGGAACAUACCUUAAUUAAUGUUUCAUAAACUCUGAAUAUGGUGUUAAUUUGAAGUAAAAUGGUAACUAACUAGUGACCUGCUGGUUCACUUUUCAUUCACGGCCCUUUAAGUCACAGCUUACAGGCAAACAGCUCAAAGCAAACCUGAUGUAAAGAAGCAAAGACUGUGGGAGAAGCAGUUGGAAAAGAAGAACUGCAAUAAGAGUAAAAGUUACAGUGAAAACAAGCUGGAUGAAAUAAUCUGUUGGCCAAGUUCAGUGUUCUGUCCAAUAGAAGCUGAUUCGCCUUCUGUGGUGUGAUUUUAACCUGAAGCUGCACUCGCUCAUUCUUUCACAGCUUAAGAAAAACAAAGAAAUGCUUUUAGAUGUUUCAGACUUUUUUUUAUAUCAGAAUGAAAUAAUGACUCAGAUGAGGUCAUAACAGACACUCCUUCAGAUGACCUGUAAGUAUAAAACUGUGUAUAUUUGUGGUUUUGCAGGAACAGCCUCCACAGACAGUGGAUGCUCUGACUGCAGCAGUGGAACAUUAACACCUUGUCACUCACGCACUAAGUAAGUGACACUUCAGAGCAGACAUGGACACGUGAUUUCUUCCAGUGCAACAACUUUUUCAUUUUCCCCCCUCUGUACCUUCCAGAUGUGAGUCACUAAACCACAUGAUAACUCCAGGGCUUAUGCUCAAUGUUGGAAACAAAGGGGAAAAAAUUGUUACCAUCACUGGCUGUGUGGUGGUUUUAGUUAUGAUUGCCAUAGCUGUAGUGAUUUUAAUUAUUGUCAUUUUUAAAAGAUGUAUCUAUGUGAGGAUGUCAAAGAUCACUGAUAUCAUGAUUUAGAUUAUAUUUCCUGUCAAGUAAUAACUUUUUUAGACAAAAAUAAAACUCAAAACAAUAUAGGAAAUGAAAGUAUUUAUAUUUUUUUUAUUUUAUUUCUGAGAAGGAAAGAAAAGAAAAUGAAGCACUGAAUGGGUCAAAGGAGCAGACAAGACAACAGUGAAAUGUUCACUGUGGACUCUGAUCUUUUUUAAAAAGCAGCUAAAAACUCAACUUUUUAAACUUGUAUUUGGGUAAAGUUUUGUUUUAAUGUCUUAGAAUUUUGUAAUGAAGCACUUUGCGAUAUUUAGAGACGAUCAGAUUUUUACUGCAGCAUUAUGGAACAAAGAAUAGCAGUUUCUAAUGUUUUUAUCUUUCAUAUACAGAUUUUCCUUGGAACUGGUUGUGGAUGUUUGUGUAGAUGAAAGUUCAUAGUCAACACGUUCUCAGUCCCAAAGUGUAACAUUUUACGUUGCCAUAGUUAUCCUUGUAAUGUAUUUAUGGGGAAUAUUUCAUAAAAAAGGUUGACUGCACAGAGACAAUAAAGAAAACCUUCAACAAA